UCAGCGGUGAAUCGAGCGUCUGCAGUAACGUCAGGAGAUUAGUGAAUCGCAGCUGGAAUGCGAGCUUGAUUCACAAAGACGAGAGAGGCAGAUAAAGCCACCACACAGAAGAUACGCACACCGGACUGCCACAUCCCGCACAGCCAUGAAGGGAGAGCAUUUAUUUGCCAACAUGAGAAGCGCUCCGUUUCUCCAGCGAGUGUACCUCCUAGGGGGAGAGGAGCUGGUAGUUUUGCAGGCCACCUUCGGGGAGUCUUCACUAGGAGACAGCUUUCAACAAAUCACCGACUUCAAUGAUCUCCCCACGUCUCUCUUCGCCUGCAAUGUGGACCAAUCCGUAUUUGAAGACCAGGAGGACAAGGAAAUGUUCGAAGCGCUUUUUCUCGCGUACGAUGAAGGUGUGACGUUCCAGCAGUUUAAGAGCUUCCGACGUGUACGAAUCAACUUCAGUAACCCCAAAGCAGCAGCCAGCGCCAGAAUAGAACUGCAUGAGACGCCUUUCAGAGGGAAAAAACUCAAACUAUAUUUUGCCCAGGUGCAGAACCCAACGUCCGAUGGAGACAAUUUGCACUUGGCUCCUCCCCAGCCUUCGAAACAGUUCCUCAUCUCCCCUCCUGGCUCACCUCCAGUCGGUUGGCAACAGAUUGAUGAAGCAACACCGGUUAUUAACUACGACCUGCUCUACGCCGUUGCCAAACUCGGCCCCGGUGAGAAGUAUGAGCUUCAUGCAGGCACGGAGUCUACACCCAGCGUGGUGGUCCACGUCUGUGACAGUGACGAGGAAGAAGAAGAGGAACCAAAGUCCAACCCUAAACCAAAAAUCAUCCAGACCCGACGUCCAGACCUGCCAGUGUCGCACUGAACUCUACAUUUCCCACACGCGAGGAUCUCCACCCUCCCCAUUCACUUAACAGUACCUUUGCCAUCCCCCUUUAGGACCAGGGUCUGAGGGACUCGGAUCCGUGUUCCUCGUUCAGCACACACAUGUGUACAAUCUUCAAUGUGUGUCACACAAUUUUUUUAUGUUGUCAGUACUCUGUACCCGUUUGCGUUUCCCAAUCUUACUCUGUUGUAAUAUCAUUCAUCCGCUCACCAGUUAGAGGCAGCAUGUACCCAUUCCUGCUCCUGCACCUACGUUUCGAUUGGCUCCUGUGGCACGUGACGGUGUCAGAUAUGCCUAUUGGUUGAUAGCUGGCCAUUUGGCUUUCUUGCACCAGAAAUAUGUACUAAUUGUACCCAACGAAGCCAUUAAUAGUGCAUUCUUCAUAAGGGCAUGCUAGGCACCGGAUGUGGCUUAACAGCAGCGCUGCAUGUGGCACAGUAACCCUUAGAAAUAUAUAUAUAUAUUGCCUAUCAUUUUUUUCUCAAUAUGGUUAAAUCAUGCGUAGCAAUGAGCGCUAUGACCACAGGACUCUUUCCCAUCAUGCCCAUGCAUGUUCUGGUAACCUUCUGAUAGCAAAGUGUAUUGUUUUUAUUUCCUCCUGUGAAUAAUCGUCAGUGUGUCUUGCCAACAGUGUUCUUACAGAGAAACGAUGCUUUUUCCAACAAGGAGCUGAGAUUUCUAUUGUAUAAUCAUGCACCUUUUGAUAGAACCUAUGAGUUGGUCUGACUUUUUUCAAUGUGUUUCUUUUUUUGGGUCAAACGGUCCUUAUAAAAACUGAAAAUGACAAAAGAAUUUAUUCCAGAUUAGAUUACGUCGAUCUGGUGUCAUUUAAUGAAGUCUGUGAUAUGCAUGGUUACUUCUUUCUAGAGUUUCAUCUCGUUGUGAGCGAUCCAUCCGCAGGUGUCCUCGUGGUCUGUGAGACUUCAUUCACACGCAAGUUCAUUUACAAUCACGUAUCAGAAGACAUGCACGAUGCAACGCAGUUAGUAAAACAGAUCUUCCAAGUGCUAUUACACAGUGGUUGAAAGCAUUAAAAGCAAAUAAUAGGAGGGUGAUGUCAACUUUUGCCUAAUUUAUUUACGGAUUAUCUAAUUAAACUAAAUAGAUGUACUAAGCCGCAGUACUCUUCAAAAACUGUAGCCAUAGAUUUAAGACAAAAAAUGCUCAAUGCCUCACAGUUAUAUACAUACAGUACAAUAUAAAGUUAAUGUUGAAUUCAUUUCAACCUCUUCCAAGACUAUAAAUGAGUCCAGUCCCAGACAAUACAUUAUCACUGUGAUGUCAUUUCUGUGAUAGCUGAGGUAUUGUUGUUCAUGAGUAUAUUGUAAAUUUAAGAGGUUAUCAGGCCUAAAAGUCAGUUUUUCAGUGUUAUCGGUGUGUUAAGGGUGGUAGCCACAGGGUCAACUUGCACAACCUGUUAAUUUUCUUAAAUCUACAGGGUUGGAUUUUCUUUUAGCCUGAAUGUAUAAUACGUCACAACUCUCAAACAUCCCAACGUUUUCACACUUUAACUGAAGCAAUGACUCUUGUUGUGGGAACAGGGUAUAUAUACGGCUCUAUGACAUCACAAUCUGUAUUAUGACACACAGGGAUUUAUUGUGCUUCGAUGACCUCAAGCCUUAUUUGAUUUAACGCUGACAAAAAAAAGAGUUGUUCAGGUCAGCAAUGUGUCGUGUUCUCUUUUAGAGAAGAUGUAACAACACAUAUUGGGUUAGAACAAAGAAUGAGAGCAAUAUCACAUAAAUGAUAGACGCGGCCCCUAUCCAUUUUGAAUCUUGGUCAGUCUGCUCUUCCCCAUAUUCGAUUCAAACGAUAUACAAACAUUAUUGCAGUCUCACACGCUGACAGCCUUCCUUACCGUCCUGUAAUUAAAGAUUUUUUGUAUUGUUCUGUAUUGCACUUUCACAUGACUGUAUCAUUCAGUAAUUGUCUUUUUUUCAUGUACUCCUGAAGACAUGAUAUUAUCUCUGUUCUUAAAGUCUUUGAUCUGGAGUUUGUGUCACUGAUGUUGGGAAACAAUCUGUAUUGUGUAUACUCGUGCAAGACCGUCGGUGUUCUUGUCAUAUACAUGUACGUCCUGCCCGCCGACACUAUGGAGACAUAUCUGUAUAUAUUAAUCAAUAAUAUUUUUACUGCAUUUUUGUACAAAUAUUCAUGGUAGCCAUGUACAAGUAGUCGAGAUGAUUCUUUGUUAGUAUUAAAAAAGUUUGGUUUUAAA